UCCACACUCAUCCAUGGAGAGAGCAGAGAGGAGGAAAAUCUCUCACAGGCACACACUGGCCAACCAGGAUUUCACUCUACCUUUUAUUUUACCUUCUCUCUCUUUUUAGUGAAAUCUGGAAAUCUGUGGAGGGUAUCUGGCAGCAGUGAGCUGUUGAAUGUUUGGGCCUUAGGAGACAGAGGGAUGAACCUGGAGAAAGUGUUAGUAGAAUGUUCCUAUGCCAGUGGACCUUUCAUUGUUGGAGUAGCCAUCUAAGGAACUCUGGUUUGGAAUUAAAUUCAGCACCAGGAACAGCGAAGUUUCAAAAGUGGAACAUAGGACGCCUGCCUGAUUUGUCAUUGGAAUACACUGAUGGUAUUUGCACUGGCAACAAUAAGACGAGUGGGACAAUAGGCUGUUUUAUUAAUUAAUUUUUAUUUGUCUUAAUUUAUCUACCGGGACAUCAGUAUAGGAACAAAAGUGAAAGAGAACAUUGGAAUACAUUGACUUUCAGUACAAUAAUUGCUCUAACUACCAAAAGAAUGGCAAGGAGACAAUGAUUUUCUAUCCAAAUAGGUAUCAUUGAGGAGGAAAUCUCUUUUGCAUAUAGACCUGGUAGACUAGGUACCAGAGAUACCCAUUUCCCAGGAGGGCUCCCCUCCCUGCCCUCCCAGCCUCCCCUGUCCCCAGCAGCAUGUCCCAGGCUGUGAGGCUGCUUCCAGUCCUCCCCACACCACUCUAUCAUGAGCACAUGGGCUGCUGGAGGGAGUAAGGCUGUUUCUGCCUGGGCCACCUCUGGGUUUUGGUUUAGGUCUGGCUCUGGGUCCAGGUUUAGGUCUGGCUCUGGCACCAGCUUAAUCUUUGGGUCCUUCUUUUCCAGCCUGUCCCUGUCUCUGCUGCUAGCACUGCUGCUCUCCCUUUCCCUCCCUGUGGUUGUCUGCCACCAAGCUCUCUACAGAGGCAGGCUCCAGCCACAUAGCCCCAGGCUCCAGCCACAUAGCCCCAGGCUCCAGUCCCCCAGCCCCAGGCUCCAGUCCCCCAGCCCCAGCCUCCAGCCCCCCAGCCCCAGCAGUCCUCUUAGGGCACCAGUGAAUAGUUCCCUGGCUGCGUCCAGGGUUGGAGAAACUGGAGGUUCCUUGGAAAGGAUAGGGGGUCCACUGGGGAGGCACGUACGUAGCUACAACCACCUGCAGGGAGAUGUGCGGCAGAGGAAGCUCUUCUCCUUCCAGAAGUUCUUCCUGCGGAUUGAUAAGAAUGGCAGAGUCAAUGGGACCAAGAGCAAAGACGACCCCCUCAGUAUUCUGGAGAUCACGUCAGUGGAUGUGGGGGUGGUGGCUAUCAAAGGCCUGGGCAGUAACUAUUACCUGGCUAUCAGCAGGAAGGGAGAGCUGUAUGGAGCGAGAGAGUUUGGCAUUGACUGCACACUGAAGGAGCGUAUUGAGGAGAACGGCUAUAACACCUACGCCUCAGCCGAGUGGAAGAACAAGAAGAGACAGAUGUUUGUGGGCCUGAGUGUCCACGGGAGGCCACUGAGAGGGAAGAAAACACGGAGGAGGAACACAGCCACCCACUUCCUCCCCAUCAUGGUGUGAUGAAGGGGAGUGUUUCACUGGACUAGACAGACCCUGUGGGAGAGCUAUUCAGCACUGAACAAUCUUUCAAAUAAGGAUUUAAAACAUUUACUCUAAUCUGGACAGAGGGCAUCUGAACUAUAACAUUUCUAAAAUACAUAUUUUCUCUAAGGAAGGUAAUUAACUGUGCAGAUACACCCUGCUUUUGACUUUCAUUGAGAUGGUUUAUUGGUUUGGGGAUGGACAGUGUUUUCUGUGGCACAGGGUGAAAUUUGAAUACUAUUCUGUGCCAAAUCAUUUGAAAGAGGUGGACUGAAGGAGGGCGUGACAUGGGGGAACAAAGUAGGAAGUUGUUUCACACACCUGGUGGAUGAACUGAGGAAGCACUGGUGUUGUGUAUACAAAACACUUUUUCUAACUGUUGUCCAUGGUUCUCAAUCUCAUUUCAAUAAUCUGGACAUUCUGAAAUGAAGAAGAAGUCCUAACAGAUUGGUAAAUGCGAGUUUUUUUUUUUAUUGAGCAAGAUCCUAGUGGUCAUGAAAGCUUGGAACCAUUGCAAAAGUGAAUACAGUGAAAGAAAAAACUAACGUAUGAUACUUAACCACUGAGCUUUGACUGUGUUGAAGUAAAUUAUUUAUUUUGUGUAAUAUUUAACUGGAGGUGGAAAGAAGGUGAACAUUUCAUUGCAUUCUUUACACCUCAUCGUGUCUGUGAAGUAAAUAA